AUGAAGAAAUUCUUUAGGUCUCAGAAUUUAUGGAAAAUCAUUGAAGAGGGUGUAGUCAAAGAAGAUACAGAAGCAAAGGAAGAAGGUGUAGAAGCAAAGAUUAGAGGCAUGGGUUAUGAUUUGACAGAUGAGGAAGUAGUGUCAAAGGUAAUGAGAAGCUUGUCUUCAAGGUUUGUUCAUGUUGUAACUUCAGUAGAAGAAGCCAAAGAUAUUUCUAAAUUAUCUUUAGAUGAAUUGAGUGGCUCUUUGCAAGCACAUGAGGCUAGAUUUAAUCAAUUUUCUGAUAGACAUGAAGAUAGAGCAUUUGUAAUGAGAGGAGAUCCAAGUGGUGAUAGGAAUUUUAUGAGAGGAAGAAGAAAAAUUUAUAGAGGAAGAGGAAGAGAAAAUGACAGUCCAGGAGAUGUUGGUUAUGGUAGUCAGAGAUCAGGUGAUCAUAGAUAA